AUGGAGAUCAUCUUAGGACAAGCUCUGUUCUUGCUCUUUUGCUCUAUCUUAGCAUGUUUCUUUACCUUCUCCACCACUAGAUCCAAACGGAAAUCCCCCGGGGCGGUGGUCACGCCUCCAGGACCUCCACGGCUACCCAUCAUCGGAAACAUUCACCUUGUCGGUAAGAACCCACACCGUUCAUUCGCCGACCUCUCCAAAACUUAUGGACCAAUCAUGAGUCUUAAGUUUGGAAGUCUGAACACAGUGGUCAUAGCUUCACCAGAAGCUGCAAGAGAGGUUUUGAGAACACACGACCAGAUCUUGUCUUACCGUAGCCCUACUAACUCGAUACGGUCCCUCAAUCACCACAAGGUUUCUGUUGUCUGGCUUCCUUCAUCAUCUGCUCAUUGGAGAAUGUUGAGAAAACUGUCAGUGAAUCUGUUAUUCUCUCCACAACGUAUCGAAGCCACGAAAGCCUUGAGGUUGAGAAAGAUGAAGGAACUUGUGAGCUUCAUGAGUGAAAGCAGCGAGAGAGAAGAAGCGGUUGAUAUAUCUCGUGCAUCUUUCAUCACAACUCUUAAUAUCAUAUCGAACAUUCUGUUUUCGGUCGAUCUUGGUAGCUACGAUUCGAAAAAAUCAAGUGCGUUUCAAGACGCGGUGACUGGUCUCAUGGAAGCUAUCGGGAAUCCGGACCUUGCUAACUACUUCCCUUUUCUGAGGUAUCUUGACCUGCAAGGUAAUACGAAGUCUAUAAAAGUUUGCACGGACAGGUUGUUUAUGGCGUUCCGUGGGUUCAUCAAUGCUAAAAUAGCAGAAAGACUAUUGCGGAAUAACCAUAACGAAGUAUCGAACAUCGAUUUUGUGGAUGCGCUUCUCCAAUUUACCGAAAGAGAUGAGGCAGAGCUAAACACUAACGAUAUUGAACACCUUCUCUUGGACAUGUUUGGAGCGGGAACAGACACAAACUCUAGUACCGUGGAAUGGGCAAUGUCAGAGUUACUUCGAAACCCUAAAACAUUGGCUAAAGCUCAGGCGGAGAUCGAUCGUGUGAUUGGUCAAAAAGGUGUUGUUGAAGAAUCUGAUAUCUUGGAACUGCCCUAUUUAGCAGCGGUUGUGAAAGAAACUUUCCGGUUACAUCCAGCUGCUCCCCUACUCGUGCCGCGAAAAGCAGAAGCUGACGUGGAGGUUCUAGGAUACCUUGUGCCUAAAGACACUCAGGUUUUGGUGAACGUGUGGGCUAUUGGACGAGACCCGAGUGUGUGGGAAAAUCCGAUGAAGUUCGAGCCAGAGAGGUUUAUGGGAAAAGAUAUUGAUGUGAAAGGCAGAGAUUAUGAGCUAACACCAUUUGGAGCAGGACGGAGAAUUUGUCCAGGAUUGCCUUUGGCUGUGAAGAUAGUGCCUCUAAUGCUUGCUUCUCUUCUUUAUUCCUUUGACUGGAAGCUUCCGAACGACGUCGUUUCUGAGGAGUUGGACAUGGACGAGACCUUUGGUCUCACAUUGCAUAAGACCAAACCAUUACAUGCCGUUCCGGUCAAGAAACGCACCCAUUAG